CUUUUAACCAAACCAAACAUUAUUGGUUGGUUGUUAUUUUUCAAACCUAUUUUGAAUAUAUAUUUACUACUUCUAUGAUGACCGUUGACAUAUUUAAUUUCAGUCUAAUUAUGUAUCCAUUGGCGAAUAUCAGGAUAUUAAAACAUAUUUUUAAAAAUUAUGAUAAAUAUGUGUCGAAAGUUAAAAUUCAGUGUGGAUAUGAUGAUGCAACUGCCAGGUUUGUUACUAUAAGAGAGUGCAUUUUGUUACACAAGGAAAUAAUUAAGUAUGUAGAUGAUUACAAUUUCGUACUGAGCAAUGUAUCGCUACUAGAUUAUCUACAAAGUUCGCUGGAAUUUGCUACAAUAAUUCUGCAAAUGAAUAAUGAAAACUCCUUUUAUUCUGUAUUCUUUGUGACUACGUGUGGAUUAUGUGCAAUAUCCAGACUUUUCAUAUUUUACUUGUAUGCAGAUCAACUUACUUUCGAGGCAUCUGGUAUUGGACAGGCUGCAUUUGAAAGUAAUUGGUAUGAACAACCGAAAGAAAUUAAACAAAUGGUUAUCACUAUUAUAAUGAGAUGUAACAAGGAAGUCUCAUUAUCUAUUGGACCGUUUGAUAAAAUGUCUUUGAAAACGUUUGUAGUGGUAAGUAAAAUAGCUAUUGUGUUUUAA